GGGCGCAAAACGUUCAGAAUGGCUACGUCAACAAGGUCGUCGAUGAAAAUUUUCUUGCCGCCCAUGGAGAAAUGAUUGUGGAGAUCAUGCGUAUAUAUUUAGAUUUACAUCCAUUUUUCUCUUUAUGUUUAUAUCUAUAUACUUCAUUUUUCUCUCCAUCUUCACAUCUAUAUUAUACUCCAUUUUUCUAUCCAUGUUCAUAUCUAUAUUGUACUUCAUUUUUCUCCCCAUGUUCAUAUCUAUAUCGAUUUUUCUCUUCAUUUUUCUUUUCAUUUUUCUCUUCAUGUUCAUAUCUAUAUCCAUUUUUCUCUUCAUUUUUCUCUUCAUAUUUCUCUUCAUGACAGUGUGAGGUGUCUAUGCUAUACAAUGGUUCCAACUUAUGCAGGGAUGUUGAGGCUUUCUUUUCAUGUUUCAUGCAUGCUUCCCAGACAAAGUCGAUGAUGAUGUCAUCAUGACAUACCCUCUCG